AGGCCCCAGCAAACUCCCAACGACACUUCUCUUUCAUCUUGACGAAGAGGAGCUGCAAAUAGAGAUCAAACACCACGGAGAAGAUGCAACGCAUGAUGAUGUGGCAACGAGGUCACGGUGAGUCGGUGUCGCGGCGAUGGCUGCAUGACGUCAGCACCGGUGGAUGGCGGCACAGCGUCAACGUCAGUGGAAGGCGGCACGAUGUCAUCGUCGGCCAUUGGUGGAUGGUGGCAGAAAUUACUUCUUCUUCUCUUCUCUUCUUUUCUCCUCAUUUCUUCCGCGAUCUGGUAGCUUUUCUUUUGUCGACCCGGUAGCUAUUUUUGUGGAUCUGGUGCUUGAUUUUCCGGAUCUGGUAGCCAUGAACCGUGAUUAUUAUAACUGCCAUGGUAAAGCACCAAAGAGAUCCUCAGCUGUCCUAUGUAAAUUAGCAAAUGAAGCUAGUUCACUUUCUCAUAUUGAUGCAGCUUACCAUACAAAGAAGAUUAGCAAAUGAAGCUAGUUCACUUUCUCAUAUUGUUUUUUUUUUGAGAGAAAAGAAAAGUGCUAUGUUUUAUUCUAUGUUUACUCCGUGUGUUAUGACAUUAUUAUAAAUGUUUGGUUCCACUUUCAUUGUUAUUCUUAUGACAAUGUUAUUAACAUUUUUA